AUGGAUAGCCUUUUGGACUUCUCAUUAUUGACGUUAAUUUUUAUUUUAUACUUAAAUUUUGCGAGUUGUUUUUUACAUGGGCAGAAAUUUGAUCUAAAUGACACGUCUAUUGGAAUUUCGGAGUUUGUUUCGAAUGAUACCUUUGGCCAUAUAACUUCCUACAGCCCAUUUAUAUUGGAUGACUUUAAAGACAUCAAUUCCUUCUCGCAGAUGCGAUCAAUUUACUAUGAUAUCAACGAUUUUGAGGAAGUUAAUAAUGACGAUUUUGUCAGAAUGGCCAAUAAAAAUGGUGAAUAUAAAUUUGUUACCUUAGAAAAUAAGAUGAAAGUAUUUUUAGUUUCAAAGCCUAUCCUUUAUAAAUCUUCAAUUUCAAUAACAAUAAGGUACGGUGCCUUUAAUGAACCAUUGAAUAUGAAAGGAUUAUCCGUUUUAUUGAAGAAUCUAAUUAUUUCUAAAAUCAAAUUUAAGACUAACAGGAGAAUUAAUCCUCUUUAUUUCAAAGACUUAGAGAAUACGAUAGAUGGAAGAGUAUAUGGCCACGGUACAGAAAUUAAUAUUGAGGUCUUUAAUGAGGAAUUUGUGGAUGUUUUACAUACUCUUAGUGAAGUUUUAUCCAAUCCUUUAGAAAUAGAUUUAAAUACAUUAUCAUUCUUAAGGAAGGUUACAAGAGAGGAAAUUAAGGCCAAAUGUGUUUCAAUGGAUAAUUUGAAGUGUAUUUUGAUAAAUGAUGAUUUUUGUAAAAAGUCAGGAUAUGAGUAUUUAUAUGCACUAACUGAUACAAAAGUAAAUACAAAGGAAGAAUUUAAAAGAGGAUAUAGAAUUGGAGCAAAUUCUAAAAUGGCGGACGAAUUUUCAGAUGAGUAUAGUAAUUUGGAUAGCAUGUUGAAUGAACAUUUUAACAAAUAUUAUUGCAGUAAUUUAAUGACCUUAGUUAUUGUAUCAAAUGAAAAUAUGCAUGAUCUGUUGUUAUUGGUUAAGAAAUUUUUUGAGAAAAUUAGGAAAUCUUAUUUGAGUGUGGAUGAGUUAAAGAAGGCAUAUACCUUUAAUGAAAACCCAUAUUUAAAACAUGUGGGAAAUGUAGUCGCAAUUAAACAAAGUUCAGAAAAUCUGGAACUAAAGUUAAUAUUUCCUAUUCCAUAUCAGAAAAAUUUAUGGAGGUAUAAACUUACUGAAUAUAUUUCAUUUUAUUUGGAUGAUGAAUCUGAGGAAGGACUGAUUGGGGUCUUAAGAUCAAAAGGAUGGAUUAGUUCAUUAUCUUCUGGUUGUGAAACUAAUGAAAAUGGCUACUCGAAUUUUGUGGUCCUCAUUACUUUGCAGAAAGAAGGGAUCCGACACAUUAUGCAGAUACUUGAAGCCUUGCUUUCAACAAUUAAACUGAUUUCGAAGCAAGACUUUUCGGAGGAGACACUAUCGCAUAUAAGGGAUGAGUCUUCUAUUGAGUUAAAGAACUUAUAUUUGGAUCUUGAUACUGACCAAGCAAGUUUUGUUUUGAGGUCAUACUUAGAAACUGGUUGCUUUCCUAAAUAUGUGUUGGUUGCUCCUUUUAUAAUGGAUCGGGCCGAGGGGAAGCAUAUACAAAAACUUUUAAAUUUUAUUAGAGCAGAUAAUAUGGUUGUAUCAUAUCCCGUCAAGUCGUUGAAUAAUGGAGCUUCCUAUUAUCUAAUGUUAAGCGAAUCCUUUAUAAAUUCAUUCAUAUUCAAUUUUGAGAAAGUUGUAUUUAAGGCAUUUUACAAUCUCUCCAAAUUCUUUUUAAAUUGGUUUGGGGUGUCUUCGGAACAGGUUACUUUUAGAUUUUAUAAGAAGCUCCACUAUUCUGAGGAAAUAAUACCACAUUAUUUACAAAAGAAACUUUCUAAUAUUAAUGAAAAAAUUGCUUUGGAGAAAUUGAAAAUUCAAUUGUUUGAUCCUUCACUUGAAAGUUAUACUCAAAUGUAUGUCAAUGAAAACUUAAGAAUUUUGGGCCAUCCAAUAACUUUAAGGGAAGCAAUGAAUGACAAGCUACUUAAUCAAGGUAGAUUUUUUGGUAAUAUUGAAACUGAAGAUUUAAAUUUGAAUUCUUCUCAACAUAUCGAGGAUCAUUUUUUUAAGGAAAAGAAUAUUUUGCAAAAUUUGAAUAGAAAAAAGCUUUAUGCUAAUAAAUUUGAAUUAAGUGACAAUAAUGAUUUAGUUGGGCAUAAACAAAGAAACUAUAGCAGUAACUUAUUUAUGAAUGAUCUUAAAAAUAAUAAUGGGGAAGAAAAUGCUGAAUAUAUAGAAGGGUAUAAGAGAAAUAGAAAGGAUCAUAUUAAAAACAAAGAAAUUGACCAUUCAUAUCCUCAAUUCGAUAUGGACUCGAUAUUCUAUAUGCCCUUACAUAAUAAGUUACCAACAUUGUCGAUUAUAUUUGAUAUAACUAUUCCUUCAAAUUUACAUAAUUCUACGGACCUAUUGUUGCUUAAUAUGAACAAGCAAAAAUUAGUAAUGCUUUCAUUCCUUUUUAAGCAUUCAAUGUCUUUAUCUUUAGCUAAUGUUAAUCCCGAUGGAAUAAUUAAAACGGAGAACUAUACGGAUUUUUUAAACAUGAGUGUUCUUCCUGGAUUUCAAUUUACAUGGGAUGGUAAUACAAAAUAUUUCGAAGAUUUCUUCGUAAACCUGAUUUGCAACUUAGUAAAUUACAGAGAAAUUUUAACAAAUUCAUAUUUUGAACAAUCUAUUAAUGCACUAAAAAAAUUGUUGGCAAAGCUAAGCUAUACUAGUAAUGAGGAAUACUCUUUAAUUCAGUUACUAGAGAUAAUGUAUUUAGAAAACACUAAAUUAUGGUCAUUAGAAAAUGAUGUGAAGCAUUUAACUCUUGAAGAUGUCAAGACUUUUGGCAAAAUUCUCCUUAAAUAUGGUGAAUUUCAUGGCGUUGUCAUUGGAAACUGCACUCCAUAUCAAAUUUAUAGUCGAAUAGAUAAAUUUAUAAAGCUUAUUAGACCUUCAUCAAAAUUAUUAAAUACAUUUGAAAGGGCAACCUCAGGAAAAUUGAGUAUGAUUUUCGGUACUCAAAGCGGUGGAUGGAUAUCUGACAAAGAUUUAACUGAUGAAAUGAUUAAAAGAAGUUAUAUGGGACCUAUCUUUAUGAAUACUGAGAACAAAGGAAAUCCACUUGGCAAUAGAUUUAUUAAUAUGAGUCUUUUGCCUCCAAUUUUUCAUAAAAAUUAUUUUUUUAAACGGAGAAUUUCAAGCUCAGACCCAUUCAAUGUCGUUCUACUAUAUAUUUACAUCGGAGAGGCAAAUGAGAAAGGCAGGCUUCUUUUAGACCUUUUGGAGCUUGUGGACUUACAAAAAGUUUUGAAAUCUUUUAUUGCAAACAAGAAGUCUCUUCGUUAUUCUUCGAUUCAAAUUGGAUCCUUAUUCAUUUCUCCUGAAAUUGCAAGUUUUCAGAUAAAAGUAGCAUUCCUUUCUAAUAAGAUUAUCUCUAUGGUCAAUAUCAUACUCGAAUUUUUUGACACUUAUUUUUUAAACCCAGAAAAAGUAUUUUCCGAAAAAGAUUUUCUAACUUUGAAAAACAUGCUACUAAGUAAUUUUCAGAGAGACUCACUCAACCCUAACAAACUCGCCCAAAUACAUUAUGAAAGGAUUAUACGUGCAAACUUAACUCCAGACUGGCAAAUUAAGGAGGCUAGAAUGCUUAGAAGUCUCAGUUAUUCAAAUUUUCUUGAGUUUUGGAGCUUGUUUAAAGCUGCGCCUACAAUUCUAAUUGCAAUUCAAUCAAAUAGAAGUCAGGACGAUCAGUUUGCUAAAUUAUCGGAAUUUGUUCCUGAAGGAUAUACUAAAAUCAAGUCUAUUUAUCAAUUCAAGGAUUCAUUCAAAUAA